CGUCACCACACGCUGCAGCCUGGGGUCGAGCCGCGAUGGCAGCUGUGCUGGAAUCCUCGGUGGAGGAUCCUCUGUGCAGCUUCGUGCGGGUUUUGGAGAAGCGGGACGGGACUGUGCUUCGACUGCAGCAGUACGGCUCCGGAGGCGUAGGUUGUGUCGUUUGGGACGCUGCCAUCGUCCUUUCUAAAUAUCUGGAAACGCCCGGGUUCUCUGGCCACGGGGCCCACGCGCUGAGCCAGCGGUCGGUGCUAGAGCUGGGUGCAGGCACCGGGGCCGUGGGACUCAUGGCUGCGACCCUCGGUGCAGAUGUUGUAGUCACCGAUCUUGAGGAAUUGCAAGACCUGCUGAAGAUGAAUAUUCAUAUGAACAAGCACCUUGUGACCGGUUCUGUUCAAGCCAAGGUACUAAAAUGGGGAGAAGAAAUAGGAAAUUUGACUUCUCCGCCAGACUACAUAUUGAUGGCUGACUGCAUAUACUAUGAAGAGUCUUUGGAGCCAUUGCUGAAAACUCUAAAAGAUAUCAGUGGAUCUGAAACUUGUAUUAUAUGUUGUUAUGAACAACGUACAAUGGGAAAAAAUCCAGAAAUUGAGAAAAAAUAUUUUGAGCUUCUUCAACUAGACUUUGACUUUGAAAAAAUUCCUUUGGAGAAACAUGAUGAAGAAUAUCGAAGUGAAGAUAUUCAUAUUAUACAUAUCAGAAAGAAAAAGUCAAAAUUGCCAUCGUGAAAUCUUUAGCCAUCUUAACCCAAGCUACUACCAACCUGGGUAAAGAUGUAAGCAGAGCUUGUGAAACAGCACGGGAAGAUUGUGCUUACAGAUUUCUCCAGCAUGUCCCUAGAAAUCUGAUCCAUGGAUGACAAACACCAUGAACUGCCCGCAAUAUGAAAAAUGACUGACUGCCUGCCAGCCAAUGGGCCUGAAUCCAACUUAAGUUUACUUAGCUCAGCAUCAAGUUUUGAUUCAAAGAAACACUGACAAUCAAUCAUUCAAAUAAAAAUAAGUAGUGAGGUUAGCCUCAAGUCUGCCAAAAAUAAGUAGUAAAGCAAUAGUUGACUCUGUAUUUUUAGCAAACUAGUAAUAAAUUGAUCCUACUUCUACUAUUAUAUAGUGUUUUAAAUUCAAAACAGUGAAUUUUAAAGGAGGUUUCAGUUUUACAUGAUUAUACACACAGUUUUCUUUUGCUUCAUAUGCUAUCCUUAAUACUUAAAUAUUAUUUUGCUUUUUAAAAUAAAAAUGUCAUCUUUUGUAUCUGUAUCAGUCAGAGUUUUAUCCUUCUCCUCUACCAUAAUUGUGUGAUUGGAAUAGUAAAUAGUAAGAAGGUAGAGACUGGGAGAACAAAAGUUGCCAUUAUACAGUUUCUCAUUUGGGAAGGGGGAGUGAGAAAACAGUGCCCAGAGUCAGGUUUGUCAUGCAGGUUUCCUUGUCUUUCUAUCCCUAGAAACCUGAUUUUAGAGCACUGGUAUAAACGUUUUUACAUGAAAAAGUGCAAGAUUUUUGAAUAACUAUGAAGUGAAUUUUGGUCUGUGUUGUCUCCCUUUUUUGUUAAAAUAAUCACCUGCUCACAUAGACUAAUCUGUCAAAGACUGAUCACACCGGUUUCAAAAUGUAAUAACCAGAGGAAAUUCUGGCAUUUGUAGGCAUUGAUGCUAGAUGGUAUAUUUUCUGAAAUAAACAUUCUUUUUCAAAUUUUUAACAACUUCAUUGAUUAUAAAAAUAUCCCAUGAUAAUACCCUCCCUCCCCCCUUUCCCCUUUGAAACUCUAUUC